UCACUCAUGUGGCCAGGGUGGUGAAUGGAGCAGAGGCUAAGCCUCACUCCUGGCCAUGGCAGGUGUCCAUGCAGCCUCUUAACUCCUGACGUAUGGCAGAUGUGUUUGGGGAAGCACCAUCUUAGUGCUAGUCUGGACGGUCCCCCUGAGAUGUGUGUUUCUGUUGCUGCCAUCAUCUCCCAUGAGGGCUUCGUCAACCCCGAUGCCAUCAAUGACAUUGCCCUGUUGCGACUGGCUGAGCCCAUUACCAAUACUCCAGAGAUCAGCCCUCUCUCUCUGCCCAAACCUGAGGCGCUCAUGCCUGCUGGCCACAUAUGCUAUGUCACUAGCUGGGGAGACAAGAAAGGCACCCUGAAGCCUGUGGCAUCAAGAGUUUGAACCAGGCUCUUCUGCUCAUUGUGCCUUAUGAAACAUGCAACAAACCCACAACUGGUGGGAUGGCGUCCAGCCCUCCAAGCACCAGCUAUGAGCAGCAUGA